UGUGCUGCUUGCCGUUCGUGGCUGAGAUGGAGGACGAAGUCGGUGGGGAGUGCUGUGAUAGCAGCCACCCGCGAAGUAGGCCCUGCGGGUUUUCGGCUGAGGGGGCCCGGCUGCCUUCGCCUUAUGCGGCUGAGUUCGACCACAGGUUUUAAUAGCUCUCCUGCCACCUCUAUAGCGACGACUGUGGAUGUUGGAAGCAAGAAAUUGGAAAUAUCUUCAGGAAAACUAGCCAGAUUUGCUGAUGGUUGUGCUGUAGUUAAGUUAGGUGAUACAACAGUGAUGGUGACAGCAGUCAGUAAAACAAAAGCUUCUCAAUCUCAGUUCCUGCCUUUGGUGGUUGACUAUCGGCAAAAGGGUGCUGCUGUAGGAAGAAUUCCUACCAAUUACUUGAGAAGAGAACUGCGUACUACAGAUCAUGAAAUUCUUACAAGCAGAUUAAUAGAUCGAUCAAUUCGACCACUUUUUCCAGCAGGCUACUAUUAUGAUACACAG